AUGGAAUCUGAAGCAUUCGACGAUAUUGAAAAGGGCGCUGAUGCUCUGCGCACCAUCAAGGAUCUGGCCUCCGGCGCCGCGGGCGGCAUGGCGCAGGUUCUUCUGGGUCAACCCUUUGAUAUCGUCAAGGUCCGCCUCCAAACAACUACCCAGUACUCUAGUGCGCUAGAGUGCGCAACCCAGAUCUUCAAAAAUGAAGGCCCUGCAGCCUUCUACAAGGGAACCCUGACUCCUUUAAUCGGAAUUGGUGCCUGCGUCAGCGUGCAAUUUGGAGCCUUCCACCAAGCCCGCCGAAAGCUCGAAGAGUUGAACCAAAAGAAAUAUGCCAACAGCGCCCUUUCCUACACACAGUACUACAUGGCCGGUUCGUUCGCUGGUGUCACCAACUCCGUUCUUUCCGGUCCUAUUGAGCACGUCCGUAUUCGCCUGCAAGCGCAGCCGCAUGGUGCUGGUCGCCUAUACUCCGGCCCCAUUGACUGUGUGAAGAAGCUUUCUGCUCACCAGGGUGCCAUACGUGGUCUGUUCCGGGGUCAGGCGGUGACUGUCCUACGUGAGGCCCAGGCAUAUGGAGCCUGGUUCAUGGCCUUUGAGUUCAUGAUGAACCAAGAUGCGAAGCGUAACAACGUGAAGCGCGAGGACAUUGGCGCUGUGAAGGUCGCCACAUAUGGUGGUCUCGCUGGUGAGGCGCUUUGGCUGACUAGCUACCCUCUUGACGUCGUGAAAAGCAAGAUGCAGACCGAUGGAUUUGGCGCCGACCAGAAGUUCGCCACCAUGCGUGACUGCUUUAAGAAGACCUAUGCCAUUGAAGGUCUCGGUGGGUUCUGGAAGGGUAUUGGUCCCACAUUACUGAGAGCCAUGCCCGUCUCCGCGGGUACAUUUGUUGUUGUCGAGCUCGCCAUGAAAGCUCUGGGCUAA